CUCAACACAACUUGAAGAGCCUGGGACGCGCAGGAAGAAAUAAUUGGGUGCGCGCGACCUAUCUCCUUUCUCCAGGACCACAAUGUUACUGGUCAUGCUGGCCAAGGCUCUCACCGUCCCAAAGCUGCACUCGUCGCUUUCGGUGGGCAGCGCUGCUAGGGGGAUUUCUGCUUCAUGUCGCGGCCUGCACAAUCAGGCGACGCCCGGCAGUCGUCUUCUCUCCCACCUCCCAAAAUAUCCUCUGUGGUCUGCGGCUCGAUCUUCCAGGCGCGCGCCGACGCCCGCUCGUCUCCUGCAGACGCGCUCGUAUGCGCUUUUCUCGAAACCUAGCCCUGUAACCUUCGAGCAGCAGCUCUCAACCAUUCGCACACCUCGCUUCUUCUCAUCCAACGGCGCCCCCGUCGCGGAACCGCUUCCCAUCCUCUCCGCGCCGCCUGUCGCGCGCUGGCUUCUCCUAUCCUCUACCCUCGUCUUCGCCGUCAUUGUUGUGGGCGGAGUCACCCGCCUCACAGAGUCUGGUCUCAGCAUCACGGAAUGGCGUCCCAUCACCGGAAUUCUCCCUCCUCUAUCGCAGGCCCAAUGGGAAGCAGAGUUCGACAAGUACAAGGCAACACCGGAAUUCAAGCUGUUGAACCACUCUAUCUCCCUCUCGGAGUUCAAGUCCAUAUUCUACAUGGAAUGGGCGCACCGCGUUCUGGGCCGCAUCAUCGGCAUCGCCUUCGUCGUCCCCCUCGCACACUUCGCCAUCCGCCGCCGCCUGACAGCUUCUCUGCCCCUGCAGCUCACAGGUAUGGCCUUCCUCCUCGGAGCACAAGGCGCGCUCGGUUGGUACAUGGUCAAGUCCGGUCUCGAGGACUCUCUGAUGGACACACCUGGCGCCGUGCCGCGCGUGUCGCAGUACCGCCUCGCAGCGCAUUUGGGCACGGCGCUGGUGCUGUACGCGGGCAUGUUCUGGACCGGCAUCUCGAUUCUGAAGGACUGGAAGUACGCGAAGACGGGCGCAUGGGCGGGCCUGUCGGACGGAAGACAAUGGGAUAAGGUGCUGCAGAACCCGAUUGUGAGGCGGUUCAAGACCCAGUCGAGUCUGCUACUCGGACUUGUCUUCUUGACCGCGCUGUCAGGAGCGUUCGUGGCCGGCUUGGACGCAGGGCUGCUUUACAAUGAGUUCCCACUCAUGGGCGGACGUAUCGCGCCCCCCUCUGAUGAGCUCUUCAACCCCGCGUACGCGUCCCAGUCCGAUGGCACAGGCCUCUGGCGCAACAUCUUCGAGAACCCAACCACCGUCCAAUUCAACCACCGCGUGCUCGCGAUAACCACAUACUUGGGCACCGGUGCGCUCUACCUCGUCUCCCGCCGCCCUGCCCUCCGCGCGGCCCUCCCGCCCCUCGCGCUCCGCUCCGCGACGAUUGCCUUCGCUAUGGCCAACGUCCAAGUCCUCCUAGGCAUCUCCACGCUGCUCUACCUCGUGCCCGUUCCCCUCGCCGCCGCGCACCAGGCAGGCAGCGUCGCGCUGCUCACCACCAUGAUACAUGUGCUCAUUGCGCUUAGACGGCCGGGGAUGGCGGCGAGGGUGUGGAGGCAGGCGAAUGUCGCGAAGGCGGCUGCCAAGCCAUAACAAUGCCUGCGUUAACAAGUGGUCGGUCGAUCGACGUCUGGGAUGCGAGAGGUCCCGUAUUGUAGUCAUAGCUCACAACCACAUCGCUGUCUGUAUCAUCCACCGCUCACUAAUGCUAACAUAUUCCUCACCUGUGGAAUUCC